GCGUGAUCCAGUUUGACGUUUUCGAUUUUUGAGGUUAAGAAAUUUCCAAAAUACUCAGCACUGUUUGAUAAAUUUCUUAAAAUUGUGAGAGUAGGUCCCAAAAUGGCCUUUAUAUCUUCAGGAUCUAAAACUUUGAUGAAAAUUACUCCUGUUUUGAAAAGGAGCACUGCUGCUAUUUCCAAUACCUCUAUCAAUUAUAGUCCUAGAGAUGCUAAACCAAUAAAAAAAGAACUGGCUCUUCUUAUGCCAGAAGAAUUGGAACAAAGAAAAAAGCUGGCUGGUUACAUAACAGUCGAUGAAAAAACAGAUAUUUCUCCUGUAACUGGGGUGCCAGAAGAGCAUGUGAAGGAACGAUGUGUACGUAUUUAUAUGCCCUCAAAGAACGCAAUGCAGAGUGGAACUAACAAUUUGGGUCAUUGGGAAAUUGAUUUUGAUAACAGAGAAAGAUGGGAAAAUCCUCUUAUGGGAUGGUGCUCUACAGGUGAUCCACUGUCUAACAUGAAAGUUCAAUUUGGAAGUCCUCAAGAGGCUAUUGAAUAUUGUGAGAAGAAUGGCUGGCAAUGGUAUGUCCAGGAGAGCAAACUGGACAAGCCUGUGAAACCUAAAUCUUAUGGUAUCAACUUUUCAUGGAACAAGCGCACCCGAACUUCAACAAAGUAAGAGGUGUUAAUGGGUAUUCUAAUUGUAAAUAAUUCUGAGUCGAAAUUCAACAUGUAUUGAAACUUACCACAAAAUCAAAUAGAUUGGGAAUAUAACUUGGUAUUCAAUGUUAUUAAUUAUAUUGUCAUUGUUUGAUUUGAAAAUAAAUAGAACCUCAAGUCGA